UGCACACUAAAUUGUGUUAAAGCAAAUAUACCAUUGAAGAAGAAGUAGUAAACGGAAGUAAACGUUGACGAAGAACACUUUUCACGUUAGCGUUUUUAGUGUUGUUAUUUAGACAUUUAUUAACACCAUGGAACUUAAAAUAUGACCAAUUGAACUGCACAGCAUCACAUACUUACCACAGGUCGUCGUUAAUUCGCGUUGGAGACAGGGCUUGGUUGAUGAUAUCUAGCUAGGUGGUAACGUUAACUAACAAUGGCCAAUUGUGUGGGUUUUCACACUCAGAUAGCCUCCAUCAUGGAGGUUCUAGCGAAUGCAGCCGUGGCAGAGAUCUGUAAACUCGUAGACGACGACUAUGCAGUGUUUCGUCUGGAAGUAACUCAAAGCCAGAAAGAAAACAGGGGAUUGCGGAGGAAACUACAGUUACUGGAACUGAAGGUGGCACGAGAGCGCGCAGAGAGGACAACGCGAGAGCGCGUCCUCGCCAGUCGUCCCAGUAGUGUCAAGAUCCUCGACCGAUACAGAGGAAUGUCAAGAGGUGAAGGACAUCUCACUGGAGGCCACAGGAGCUUUGUGAAGCCAGCGGGACACAAUACAUUGAGAGAUGACCAACCAAUUACUGUUGAUGAGGGGAAUGGAACCUCAACCCAGCACGUUAUUGUGAUAGAGGCUGCAGGUCCUGGGGUCAAGCAGGAGAGGACUAAAGGAGAGAAGGAGCCACGGCACAGCAGAGACAUCCAGACUAGAGAGCCCUCUGUAGCCGCGGAGGACCCCACCUCCGCCCCAGCGCCAUGUAGGACCCGACCCAGCAUCACCGAGGUCAGUGGAACGCCGAACACCGUCCUCAAGUCAGAUACAGACACGGAGACUUUAACUGCAACACACAGGCUCUUACACACAGGAUCUGACCACAGAUCAGACCCAGAGAGACUGGGGCUCGGGCCACUGGGCUGUCCUCCUGCUCCUGGUUCAGAGUACUUACCAGUAUUUCACCAGAGCCAAAGAACGGUUCAUUCCCGUGGAGAUUGUGAUGGUGACACGUUAGACACUGGUGGGGAUGUUCCGUCUUGUUCUUACGCAACAGAGAUGGACCCUGACAACAUGCCCUUGGGUUUAGACACACAGGCUGAUCUGUCCAGAGGGGACUGGAACCAUUACAGUAAUAGUGGAUUCUCUGAUGGGUGCCUAAAUAAGAAAGGGGGGGUUAUAGUCAUAGAUGAAGUGACUGUGAAAGUGGAGGGCGACGCUCCUCUGACCUUGAAUGCAGACGAGACUCACUUAGGGGAAGGACACUCACAAGGCAGAGAUUUCUUAGAUUACAGGGAAAGCUUAGAGACAAAUCCAAACGUUGCAACCCACUCCCCUUUACACACGCUCAGGGAUCGGGACCCAGUGUCUACGUUGAUGGGGCCUUCUGAUUCACAGGGCUGCAUCCUUUUUGAUCAGGUAUUGAACUCAAAGGACCAAAGGGCCAAUGGGAGGGGAGGGGGAGCAACGUCAGGCAGUAGUAAAGAGAAACGGUUCCUCUGCAUGUUCUGUAACAAAGGCUUCAGCUGCCUCCAGAAGGUGGAGAUCCACCAGAGGGUCCACACAGGGGUGAAACCCUUCAGCUGUACCCAGUGUCACAUGCGUUUUGCUGAGGCUGGCAAUCUGAAGAGGCACCAGAGGGUCCACACAGGGGAGAAACCCUUCAGCUGUACCCAGUGUCAUAUGCGCUUCUCCCACUCGUCCAGCAUGAAGAGGCACCGGAGGGUCCACACAGGGGAGAAAUAUUAAAGCUGCCCCGAGUGUGAGAAGAGGUUUUCCCAUCAGAACUAGCUGAAGAUGCACAUUUAGGUCCACAUGGGAGAAAGGCUGUUCACCUCUACGCAAUGUGGGAAGAGGUUCUCAGAGAGGAGCAGAAAAACCAUUCCACUAAAUAGCUUAUGAUGUUUAGAUCAAACCCUGCAUUAAAGACAGGUUGAUUUUCAGUAUUGUCAGUUGAAAAGAUCCACAGAUGCAUUUGGAAUGACGAGAGUAACAGAUUUCAGUGUUGAAUAUUCCUGGGUAGAAUAUUGCAUCCAGACAUUGUAUUUAAGCCUAAAAAGUCUGUUACAUAUUGUGUUUGUACUGUGUAGGCUAUUUGAUGUAUAUUCAACUACUUUAUUUUUUAUCCCCCGAAGACAAUUUUUAUGAGAAAAUGAUUGCAGUUUAAAUUUUGGCCUGUCCCGACUAAAAGAAAUGUUGGUCGCCUGAGAGUCGUCUGUUCUUUCAACAAUCGAUUGGUAGAAAUUUUAAACAUAUUUUUCAAUAUAUAUGUAGUGUUUUAAUAAAAUCAACUGUAUGUACUAGAUUGUGUAAUGCUUUAAAGGGGAAUUACACCUGCUGAUUUGGCCUUGUUUUUUGGCUUGCUCCUCAAGAAAUGCUGGUGGCCAUGACAGAAGCCAAACGUGAGUUGGCUUGGGUGUGUGGAUUGAUGUGGGUGUCAGAAACUUGCCCACAGCUUUCCCCUCACUCAGUCACAACAAACCAACCUCCUGCAAGUUGAGCUCAAUAACUACAGGCAGAUAUAGAGAAGCUUUGAAUAGAUCAUUAGCCUAAAGAGUAAUAUAAGAAGAAUGUAAUUGAUAAAUGUAUGUAGAUAUUCUAAAACAAAUUGUUUUGAAAACUUUCAAACAUAGUCACAGGUCCAUGUAGAAUAAACACUUUACAUAAUACAAUAUAAGCACUGUUCUGCUGAUAUAACAAUGUGAACCUUUCAUCUUUUAUUAUCGUUCCCAGCCGAUACAAAUAUUGUGCCGAUCUGCAUUUUGUCUUUAGGUUUUUGGGCUACCUUAGCAAACAUGUCGGAGUAGCCAUACCUUCCUGUGUGGUGUCCCGCUCAUAACAGGAGAUCCCUGAUCCUGGUUCAGAAUACACAGGGUUCCUCCCUCCACAUAUUGUCCAAUACCAUUUAAUAAAAGAAAUACAAGUAAAAUUGUGUCUAGUAAAAUGUUAAUGCCGACUGCCAGGUCUUUCUCCCUUCAGAGACAUCAGUAUCAAGCCCGUCUGCCAGUCUGAACUUCCAUCACAUCAUCUUGCAAGUCUCCAUAUGCUGGCUCCAUACAUGUUUCUGUGAACACAUACAUAGUCACUGUUCUAUCACCAAUGGCAGUUAGGAUAGGUAAUAUCUGACACGAACGGCUACUAUGUUGAAGUUUGAACAGGUCAGACUAAACCUACCUAUUUCUGUUCUCCCUAUUGAUGACCGGUGGUGAGCAGGCAAGAGUUGAGGUCUUUUCCAGAGCCCCAUUGAUGGGCAUAGCAGCAUACAUCAGCUCCUGGCCACUCAUCAAAGGUUGAAGCACAUCCCUAACAUCCAGACAGAUGUCAAGAACUUGAACCUCCCAGCCACCAGGAUAAUCAUCUUGUUCUUGGAGUUUAUUCACAAGGUGCUACAGAGAGAAUAUUCCAAGGGCCUCCAGCGGCUUCUGACCAAUUAUCUGCGAUCUCGCCAGAGCACAGAGAAGCAAGGUCCGCUGGUGGUAAUAUACUUUAUGCUCUAUGUAAACCCCCUUCACUAUGGCUGUCUGUGUGAUGACAUACUGUAGCAUAUAAUCCAGGGCCACUGGUUGGAUUGGAUUUACUGUACUGAACGUGUCCAUCCCCCUGUCCCCAUGGGAGUCUGCUGGGCCAUGGAACGCUAGAGCUGCACAUCAAAACACCUGCCACCAUGUUGUCAUUUAUCAGCAGACAGUUCCCUGAAGAAGGAUGCAACCAAGGUCUUAAGAGAACCAAAUUAAAGGGGAUGACCAACGAAUGCAAUAAAGUUUUGUAUAAAUUG